AUUAGCGAGGCGAGUCGAGCGGCGCCGGGCGCGGGGGCUGUAUGCUGCGUGCGAGGGAGACGGCCGGCGUGUGUGUGUCUGCGCCGGGCGUAUCUCGCGACCGUGCCGACUCCGUCUGUGGGAACAGUCGCCGGGCAGUUCCCAUUAAGCGAUCAGUUCGAGGGCGCGACGAUCGAAACAUAGAUUUGUUCAAAUUGAUACUAAACGGCUUGUAAUAAUUUUAUAAUAAAAAUUAAUCGCGCAAAUAAAUUGAGCCGAGACGUAAUUAAAACUAAUUGGGGUUUAAUGAAGCGAUAACUGUUUUAUAUCGAGACGGGUUACAAAUAAGAUUUUGAGAUUUUGUGACCGCGAGUGUUGCGACGGAUUUAGAAGGAAAAAAUUAUGACGUAUGGUCUAAACGGAGAGUUCUAAGAAUUGUAGAUUCGAGUGGGUUUUGGUGUCUGUUUGUUUGUGAGGCAGUGAAGGCAUGACGGCGGUAUAGGGGGUGGCCAGGGUUGGCCUUUUGAGGCCAUGCUUAACAACCUCACUACGGCUCUAGGAGCAGGUCACAAAGAGCAGUGCUCAGAGAGCAAGCUCGAUUUGAAGCCGAGCCUGGAGAGACAUCAUGCACCAGGGGCGAGGCUCCUCGCACACUCUAUACGAGCUGACCAUUUACAAGGUGGUAUCCAUCAGCAGCACAGCGGCCAUAUGGCCACGGUACCCGUCAGCAUGUCCUCGUCAACGUCAGACAGCGACAAGCCAGCGAAACAGAAGAGACACAGAACGAGGUUUACACCGGCGCAGCUAAAUGAGUUGGAGCGAUGCUUCACUAAAACUCAUUACCCAGAUAUAUUCAUGAGGGAGGAGAUAGCCAUGCGCAUCGGACUGACGGAGAGUAGAGUACAGGUCUGGUUUCAAAACCGUCGAGCCAAAUGGAAGAAACGUAAGAAGAGCACUAAUGUGUUUCGGUCCCCGGGAGCGCUCCUGCCAUCUCACGGUCUGCCGCCCUUCGGAGCUGGUGAUGUUUGCAGUCCCGGGGUGUUCGCUGAUAGGCCUUGGUCUAUGCCCGCAGGUUUGGGCCAGCUGUCUCAAGGCGGGGUGGCGAUGGGCGGCUUCGGCCAGCUGUCCGAGCUGAACCCCGCCCUGCCCAUCAGCUCGGUGGCUUCACAGCCUUAUCAGUCACACUAUCCGCUGAACACUCUCGGUGAUACGAUGAUGUCUUAUUGUAACAACAUCAGCGGACAGCAGCUGGAGGGGUCCGCGACGCCGACCCCACCACACGGGGGUCAUUGUGGACCCAACAACGGAUCACCCACCAACGCAGGUGGCGCUGAGUGCGGUGAGGAGGAAGUGUGGCGCGGUCACAGCAUCGCGGCGCUCCGACGACGAGCCUCCGAGCUCUCGGCCGCUAUACCGCCGUACUUACAACUCAACUACGACGCGCACAGCCCCGUCUACUGAACCACUCACCUCAAAUAUAUAAACUUCACCUCGAUUUAAUUUCCCUUAAAACCUCUUCUAAUGUAACAAUAUCCAAAAAUCCUAUGUAUUCUUCCUUAUCUAGAUAAUUAUGAUAAUUUGAAUGAAAUGAUUUGUAAUGUUUUUGUAAUUUAAGAUUAUUGUAUUUAAUUUAAGUCGUCUUCAGCUGACGAGCUUCCAACGUGGUUUUUGUUUCAUAAAUACACAUUGUCAUAUAUUUUCCGAUCCCGACAGGCCACAGAAUACACUUUAUAAGGUCAAGCGAUUGUCAUAGCUUCAGUAAAUUGUCAUCAUUCUCGUAAUUUUAACAACACACCUGUUGAUUUCUUUGAAUGUAUAUCUAAACGUUAUGCGAAAUAGGAAAUAAGAUCUUAAGUCGAUGACACAAGACACUAAUUGGAAUGAACUCAGAGAUUCAUCUUAAAAACUGAGACAUACAUUUGAGCUGUUUCUCUCUUCGUACUUUCGAGGAUAUAUUAUUAAUAAAUAAUGAUGUAAAUUGUGAGCUGUAUUUGAAAAUACAUGUAUACGCGUUCGUACAAUAAUAAUGUUAGGUGUAGAUUAAAAUAAGCUAUUUAUUAUAAGUAACGAUAGAUUCAAAAAACAUACCUAGAGGGCUGCUGGCGUGCGGCGGGCGGCGGGCGGCGAGCGGCGGGCGGCGAGCGGUCGAUAAGACAUUCCAUAGCAUAGUGAACACUGAACAUAGACACGAGUAUUACAACGUUAUGUCCAGACGCUUCUUACUAGAUGUCAUCUCAGAGUGAUGCGAUGAGUCCAUUAUUGAUUUAUUUUACAUUAAUGUCAUGGAAUA